GCAGCAGUGUAGUAGUAAUCCGCCUGCCGCGCACUCUGCUUGCAUUUUGUGUCACGGUGCCACCGGGAGAGGGGCGACAGACUGCUGCGCGUCAGGGGAUACCAGCCACCAUCCGCACGGUUCAAGCGACAUCUCGCCGCGGGCGAUGACCUUAGCAGACUGAAGUGAGAAUAUACGAGAAAACGCAACAAUGACGGUGGACUUUGAAGAAUGUAUAAAGGAUUCACCCCGAUUCAGGGCUGGCAUUGAUGAUGUGGAGACAGACGUCGUGGAGAUUGAAGCGAAGCUAGACAAGCUGGUGAAGCUGUGCAGUGGGAUGAUCGAGGCCGGCAGAGCCUACGUCAGCGCCAACAAGCUCUUUGUAAACGGCAUCAAGGACCUGUCCCAGCAGUGCAAGAAAGAGGAGACGAUAUCGGAAUGCCUUGAGAAGUGUGGAGAAAGCCUGCAGGAGAUCGUCAACUACCACAUGAUUCUGUUUGACCAGGCUCAGAGGUCCAUCAAGCAGCAGCUCCACACCUUCAUUAAAGAGGAUGUGCGUAAGUUCAAGGACACUAAGAAGCAGUUUGAUCGGGUGCGUGAGGACAUGGAGCUGGCUCAGGUGAAGAACGCUCAGGCUCCCAGGAACAAGGUGCACGAGGCCGAGGAGGCCACGCAGGCUCUCAUCCUCAGCCGCAAGGCCUUCAGGCACCUGGCGCUGGACUACGUGCUACAGAUUAAUGUGCUUCAAGCCAAGAAGAAGUUUGAGAUCUUAGAUGCAAUGCUGUCCUUCAUGCGAGCUCAAUACACUCUGUUUCAACAAGGCUACAACAUCUUGGACGAGAUCGACCCCUACAUGAAAAAACUGGCUGCACAGCUGGAUCAGCUGGUGAUCGACUCGGCCGUGGAGAAGAGGGAGCUGGAGCACAAACACGCCAUCAUCCAGCAGAGAACUCUAAUGCAGGACUUUUCUUACGAUGACCCCAAGCUGGAAUUCAAUGUGGAUGCACCCAACGGUGUGGUCAUGGAGGGUUACCUCUUCAAGAGGGCCAGCAACGCAUUCAAGACCUGGAACAGGCGGUGGUUUUCUAUACAAAACAGCCAGCUGGUCUACCAAAAGAAACUCAAGGACUCUCUGACUGUGGUGGUGGAGGACCUGAGGCUGUGCUCAGUCAAACUCUGUGAAGAUAAUGAGAGGAGGUUCUGCUUUGAGGUGGUUUCACCCACCAAGAGCUGUAUGCUGCAGGCGGAGUCGGAGAAGCUGCGUCAGGCUUGGAUCCAGGCUGUGCAGGCCAGCAUCGCCUCUGCUUACAAGGACAUAGCCGACAAUUACUACAUUGAGCGCUUAGACCGCACAGCCUCGCCCUCCACCAGCAGCAUCGACUCGGCCAGCGAGCCCAGGGAGAGGGUCGACAGGGGGGUACGUGGAGGAGGAGGGGAAAGCCUCCUUCAGAGGGUGCAGAGCCUGCCUGGAAAUGAACUCUGCUGUGACUGCGGCCAAACGGCUCCCUGCUGGGCCUCGAUUAACCUGGGAGUGCUGCUCUGCAUCGAGUGCUCCGGCAUCCACAGGAGUUUAGGCGUCCAUUGCUCCAAAGUGCGCUCACUGACGUUAGACUCAUGGGAGCCAGAACUGCUUAAGCUGAUGUGUGAAUUGGGGAACACUGUGAUCAAUCAAAUAUAUGAGGGAGCCUGCGAGGAACUGGGAGCGAAAAAACCUGGACCGUCCAGUUCAAGACAGGAGAAAGAGGCCUGGAUCAAGUCUAAGUAUGUGGAGAAACGCUUCCUGAAGAAGAUGAGUGGGAGUGAGGCUUUGGUGGAGGGUGAAAGGAAGUCCCGGCCGUGGACAGUGAAGAAGUGCCAGCGACACAACAGCUCCAUACGAGCCCCCAACAAAGCCCGCAGGAAAUACCAUCGCUAUGAGCCAGGCAGCGCUCCACCUGCUAACCUCUCAGCAGCAGCUGCAGCAAAGUUUCGUCGGGAUUCCUUAUUCUGUCCAGAUGAGUUGGAUUCACUAUUUUCCUACUUUGACACUGGAUCUGGUCCUCGCAGCCCCGCAGGUCUUAGCAGCGACAGCGGCCUGGGAGGAAGCACUGAUGGCAGCACGGACAUCCUGGUGUUUGGCUCAGUGGUGGACAGUGUGACAGAAGAAGAAGAGGAGUCAGAGGAGUCCUCCAGUGGCGAGGUGGAGAUCGAACAAGAAGUGCACUCAGACCCAGAAGACCCGAGGGAGCUUCACCCCGGGGCACUCCUGCACCGAUCCUCCCGCCUACACAACCUGCCGCUCAUGGCCGAGGCCUUAGCACACGGAGCUGACGUACACGCACCAACUCAGGAGGAGGAGGGGAAAACGCCCCUCAUUCAGGCUGUUAUCGGGGGCUCUCUGAUCGCCUGUGAGUUCCUGCUACAAAACGGAGCUGAUGUGAACCAGAGAGACAUGAGGGGCAGAGGCCCUCUGCACCACGCCACCUACCUGGGGCAUACUGGUCAGGUGUGUCUCUUCCUGAAGAGAGGGGCAUCACAGACGGAGGUGGAUGAGCAAGGUCAUGACCCCCUAAGCAUCGCCGUCCAGGCCGCCAAUGCAGACAUCGUCACCCUAUUGCGUCUAGCACGGAUGAACGAAGAGAUGCGAGAGGCGGAGGCUCCCUUGGGUCAACCAGGGGUUCCCGGGGGCAGCAGGAGAGUAAAACCCAAGGAUGUUCGGGAUAGAGUGACAUCUCCUGUGCUGCUGUCUUUCGCGAAUUUUCUGUCCUUGCGUCUUUCCAGCCCGAGAAGUUGAGAAGAAGAAGCUUACAGUUCAGCCGCUGCCAGAGACUGCAGGGACAGACAACCACUUCCUCUGACCGGUCUCCAGUCACUGUGGCAGCCAGAUAACUAUUAAAAAAAAGACUCUUAAUGAUUGGGAGUGAGUGCAGCAGGUGCAAGCUGAUCAUCAAAACUCUGCAGGACCUUGUUAGAGCUAUUUUAUAAAAGGUUUGUAAUUGUUUCCACUUGCUCUUACAACAUGUGUAUGCCAAGAAUAUGCUUUGGUCAUCAAAAAGUUAUAUGGUUUAAAAUGUUCAUUUAUAUCAGAUGACUAGACACCAGUUUUGGUAAUUUCUAAGCAUCUGAAAUAUUGUUCAGCAUGUCAGAUCUGGAUACAUAUUUGUACAUGUUUGCCUUAAAGGGGCACACCAACAAUUGUGUAUUGCACUUACAUAAAAGCUGAGGACUUUUGAAUAAUCCCCCCCCCCCCUCCCAAACACUGGUUCCUUCACUUGAAACAAUGCAACUAGAGUAUUUUAAGAGAUCAUCCUUCGCCUGUUUUUUCCACAACUACUAAGUCCUCCUUAGCCUCCAGGCCCAAGCCAAAAUAACCAGAAUGACAUCAUAUGUGUCAUAUUUCAAUCAUAUUGGAAAGCUUCAUCCUUAGCUGGAAAAAAAAUAUUCAAUUGGUUCCACUUGCUUAUAACUGUACUCUCUGUGAUGAGUAAACUCUACUUGAUUUUUAAAUCACUGAAUGCUCCUUUAAUGUUUUGUAAAAUGACAUUUUGUAAAAAGCAAUGCUCUGAUUAAAUGAAUUUAAAACUGUUAUGCAGCUAUGGUAAUAAUACAAUAAAUAGUCUAUGA